AUGUCCGGGAAGAAGCUCAAAAACAAGAAUCAGCUUUUCAAGCGUCAAAAAGUGAUCGAUGCCCGUACAAUACGAACAGAAGCUCUAAGCUCGACUCCCAAGGCUGCUAACGAGCUUUCAGAAAGCGGUAGCAUGCUUAAAGUCCCUGAAUUUAUGCUUUCGCGUGAAUUUGAGGUCAAGCAACUCCAGCACGCCAUUCAUAAAUCAAAAUCGGUCUCUUCCACACGAGUUUUUCAGUCUUUACCAAGGAAACUUCGCCGCAGAACAGCUUCCCACAAUGUAAAAAGGAUACCUAAACGCCUCAGAAAUCGAGCUCUCCGAGAAAUGCGCAAAAGCGAUCAGACAGUCACCAAAGGAACCGCGACUCUAUCGAAAAAGAGAAAGUACGGUCUCACCGCCAAACAAUUGUACAAGGCGCGUAUGGCUGUCAAACUACUUCGUUUAGCGGCCAGAUCCAAAUCGAUGAAAUUAGCAUUCCCAGCUGAUGCCACUGCAAGUCAUCACAAUCUGCGAAAACGGGUCAAGGCUUUUCAAAAAAAUAUCAAAGAACACACAAAAGGCAAGGUCCGCGUAUCCAGAAAUAAUGUCUUGGGAAGCUUUGAUUCAACUGGUGUAAACACCACUGCUGUCAAGCCUAUAGGCCGAAUCAAGUUCAUGAAAAGACAAAAAGCAUUCUCUUGGCUGCCCACCCAUGUAUGGAGCGCUAAAAGAUCGCACAUGUUGAAAAGGUGGGGAUAUCAAAUACCUUGGUCACCCACUCAAAAGUGUUUCAAGCUAGCCCACAGACUUGGCAACAGUGUCUCUACUUCGGACGGUGCAUUGAGUCUAGAUUCAAGCUAUGUUGGUACCAUUAUUUUGGCAUGCGAAAAUUCGGAGCUUCUCAAGGAACAGAUUUCUCUACUUACCAAUAAGAGAGGUUCACUACCGAAGUACCGCAACUCACAGCAUUGGUUUGAAGGCCCGAUUUAUGAUGACCAAGGAGUUUUAUUGGGACCUGGUGAGCUUCUGUGGAUCAGCUCGCAAAAAUGUUUGUUACGCAUUCACCCAUCGUUUUUUGACAGCGUUUUUAAACAACUAACGGCGCUAGGCGAGGCUGGGCUCACUGUUUAUGACUGUCGUUAUGCUAUCUCGAGUAUUACUCUCACCGGUGCCAAAUCGCUGAACGCUCUUUCGCAGGUGCUACGCAGCUCUGAGGCUUCUCAAUCAUACAGUCAAUUCAAGAAAUUUUCAUAUGUAGCAGAUAUCAAUCUGCUACCGCAGAGAACCAUAUUUGCCUUUGAUGCAUUGGAUCCGAGGCACCUUUCGAACCCGAAGAAGCUGCCUAAGCUGAGUCCAAGCGUCAGUGAUGUUUUAGAGCUUCAAUCGGGUUAUCCUCAAAGUGAAAUCACGUCGGUUCUUGAACAGCUGUCUGAUCCGAAGGAACGUGAAAAAUCAUAUUCAAAUCAGCAAACUUUGAAAAACCUUGCGUCGCGGCGCAGAGCGCUGCUUGGCUCAAGCACACGCACCAAUGCUAUCCCGUUUAUAAAGGGAUCUGACCCACUUUUCCCUAUCGUGAUUUCAAAACUUCCAAAACGUGAGGCAUGGCUUGUUUUGAUUCCAUGGUUCUGGCAGCUUCCGCUAUGGUACCAACUGCAUAGGAUAUCACGAGUACAUCAUAUGGGCCUGCGUCAAAUUCAGCAAUUAGAUUACGAGAACAGUAGACUCUUCUUCCCGGACGACUACCCAUUCACAAAGGCUGGUUUUGAAGAAAAUCUGUUGAAAAGAUCUGUGCAAGAAGCGCGCUGGAAACGCCAGCCGGUCGGUAAACGAAUCAAUUACUCUAAAAUUUCGGAACUUCAUGUGGAAACGCCAAUUAUGUUUCCCGGUGAGGUCGGAGAUCCCUUCUCUUGUGACUGGCGUUUCUUACAAGUUUUGAGAAACGGUUUGAUGUACUUGCUAUCUCACAGCGACAAAGAUCUGAAAAUGUGCGACUCUAAGCGAACCUCUCAAUUUGACGAGUUAAACCAACGCAGGCUGGAGUAUAUCAACGACGUCGUUGAACUUUAUGGAGACGUGUGUGCUGGUAGGUACAAGCCUUUUGGAUUACCACUAGAGCUGGUCAACCAGUCAAUUUCGAGAUUCAAGCCCAGUGUACGAGAUUUUACCGCAGGCCAGCAAUCCUUGCAGCAAACCAUUGUCUCUUGUCCUCUUCCAGUAGUAGCUAUUAGCUGUAAAUUCUUGGAAAGAGGACAUCCCAAGGACUCUGCACGGAUCUAUUCAAUUCCCGAGAAGGAUCUUGGCUACUGGCGGUCGAUCUCACAAUUACAGUCGCGCGCAAACGGUAAAAGAGAUCACGAAUCUCAGCAUCCUGUACCACAAGUGUCAGAUUUGAUUGGAUUUGCCACAUGUGGCACAUUCCAUUUGGGAGAAGGUUGCGGCGUCUGCACGGGGUUUAUCGACGCUCGCGAAGCCCAAAAAUUGGAUUCAGUCCAUAAUUUUGUUUUGGUCAGAAAUGUGGGCACAAAUGUUUAUAGACUAGCAAAAUGGACACAGAUCUUGAUUUGA